AGCACUGGACCCACUGUCUCAGCCCCUCACUAUCUCUAAAAACGCUCCAACUCCAGCAUCCACAGGGAGGAGGAGGAGGAAGAAGAGGGGGAGGAGAAUAAAUGCAACAGUUUUUGCAACCACAUGUUGCUGUGCUUGAUUGAACUGCUGCUGCAGCAGCUCCUACCUUUCCUUUCUUUGCAUUGUACAUCUAACUAACAAUGUGGCCGCUUCAUCUGUAGCUUCUGCCACCUGUGACAGCACUCCUAUUCCCUCUACGCCACAGAGAGAGAACAAAAAAGGAGAGCUGAGAGAGGUCGGAGAGGAGGAGGAUAUCUUUCCUGAUAAGUGGACUUCUGACAGAGAGAUCCUCGCUGCAUAGCCAGCUGACACAAAUGAAAGAAUCCUAAAACCAGCACCAUGCCUGGACUCAUUAACAAGGAGAAUCGGAGCGCUCUGCCCCUCAGUGUCUCUGACAUCACUUCCUGUGUCAGGGGUUAUACUCUGGCCAUGACAGCCUCUAUGACCUACGAAAAUAUUGAGGAUCAUGCAAUUGAGGGGAUGUUCAUUUAUCCACUGGAGGAAAAUUCCAUUGUUGUGGGGUUCGAGUCUAUGAUAGCCAGUCAGAUUAUAACACUGCAAAUCAAAGACAAGGCAAAAAUUGACGACUGUUAUCUUGAUUGCUGCAACACAUCUAAUGGAGGCCUCCAGAGUGGCAGCGGACACGUAGUGAUGGAUGAGGAUUUGGAGAGGACAGUGUUAGUGGUUAACCUUGGGAUCAUCCCUCCCAUGGAGACGGUCCAUAUUCUGGUUAGUACCUCCUCUGAGCUCUCCACCCUGCCCAGCGGCGGCAUCAGGGUCUCAUCCCCACCGGUGUGUACACCCCGGGUACAGAGGACCAUCAACGAGGAGCAGGGACUAUCUCCAAACUUCUCCAGAACGCGGGACAGGCAUUCUUGUGCCUCAAGUCCUCAUGAUCAAACUCCCAGCUCCCCUCAGCUGUGGUUGGCUUCACUGCUGGAGGAGGAGGCCAUCAACUCCAUGGACUAUGAGUUUAACUUCCAGCUGGAGAUCCGGGCUCCCUAUCUCCUCGCAGGUGUAGAGAGCCCGUCUCAUGCUAUCCGAGCUGAUGCAGACCCUCUGGCCCGCUCUGCCACCAGCGUUGUCAUCACUCUGGCAGACAAGUACACUUAUGACUGUCCUGUCAAAAUCCUCAUCUACCCCAGCGAGCCUCAUCUGCCACAUGUUCUCAUUGAGAAUGGAGACAUGACGCAGGAAGAGUAUGAUGAGUAUCUUCAUGGCCGGAGUGAUUUCAUCAAGGCCACCAAGAAGGACUCCAGCAAUGAGAGGAAAGUAGAUAUCAUUCACAGGCGACUCCAUAAGGACAUCCUCCACAACCCUGUAGUCAUGUUGAACUUUUGCCCUGACCUCAAGUCUAUCAGCUCAGACCUGAGGAAGGUUCACGGCGAGUUUAUCUUCCUCAUUGACCGCAGCGGCAGCAUGAGCGGGGUUAACAUCAACCGUGUGAAGGAUGCCAUGGUGGUGAUUCUCAAGAGCCUUGUGCCAGGCUGCCUUUUUAACAUCAUAGGCUUCGGCUCUACAUUCAAAUCACUAUUCACAACCAGCCAGAACUAUGAGGAGGAAGCCCUGGCCCUGGCUUGUGAAUAUAUUAGGAAGAUCAGAGCUGACAUGGGGGGUACCAACAUCUUGGCACCGCUCAAUUGGAUCCUGAGGCAGCCGAUGUUCAGCGGACACCCCCGCCUACUCUUCUUGCUCACUGACGGGGCCGUCAGCAACACUGGCAAAGUUAUCGAGCUGGUCCGCAGCCAUGCACGCUACAUCAGAUGUUUUACGUUUGGCAUAGGACAGAGUGCUUGCAGGAGGCUGGUGCAGGGGCUGGCAACAGUUUCCAAAGGAACAGCAGAGUUCCUGGCCGAUGGAGAGAGGCUGCAGCCCAAGAUGAUAAAGUCCCUGAAGAAAACUAUGUCUCCAGUACUUAGUGACAUUUCCAUCGAAUGGCUUUUUCCUGAGACCAAAGAAGUGCUGCUGUCCCCUGUGGGCAACACCUUCCUGUUUCCAGGGGACAGUCUGAUUGGCUACAGUGUGGUUUGUGACACCACCCGCUACCAUGCCAACCCCAAAUCUGAUAAGAGGAGGCGAUACAGCAUGAUGCACUCCACUGAGUCAGCCAGCUCCGUGUUUUACCACUCUCAAGAAGAGGACCCAGUGAAGGCAGGUGUCGACAGUCAAGGGUCCUACAGGGAAGCACUUUCUGGCCCUCUGUAUGACACCUACCAGGACUCCAUGAUAGACAGCAGCCCUGUCACCAUGGAGCAAGACACUGUGGGGUUGGAUUCUAAGUCAUCUCCAAGAAGGCGUGCAUACAGUACCAACCAGAUAAUAGACUACAACCCGGCAAAGAAGGUCUACACUCCCAGUGAUCCCAGCUCUGUGGUGGCAAAGAAUCCACUGAGGAGAGCCAAAGUCCAGGAGCUGAUAGGCCAGAUGAGCCCUGAGCAUGAGGCCCAGUGGAGGAACGACUACCAGCCACAGCUGGCGAGCCUAUGUGCCACAUCUUCCAGAGGGCGUUCUGCCAGCUGUCACAGGCCGCUCCCUCAGCAGGAGCCACUUCUGCAGCAGGUAGCCAACUCAGAGCUUCAUUACCAUCCCCAGCCUCAGGACAACCCUCAGCUCAGCGGCAUCAGCGUGCCGCCUACAGCUCGCAACUCCGCUGGGGAAGAUGGAUCCAGAUCGUCCACUGACAGCCCAUCUAUUGGCAGUGUCGGAGAUACAGAUGGUUAUGGACACCAAUUAUGUCAAGCAGAAACCCCACAGGAGACCCAAACGUCAGAUCUGGGUGCAGCCAACCAGCACAAAGGUGACUGCAAGGCUGUGGUGUCUGGACUGCUGUGUGGGAAACCAGCAAAGUGGGAGGUCGUCUUCGAUAUCGAGCCCUUCCUGAGCGGCCGGGAACGUGAGGAGAAGGUUCAUGAGGAGCUGUGGAAUGAGACCUUCCACCACCUGGCUGGACGCUCCAUCAUACAUGACUUUGAGCACAUGGCGGAUAAGGAGUGCGAGAUUGAGCACGGCUCUGGGAGGAAGUACCAGCUAUACGCUAUUCACACCAGCAAGGCCUGCAAUAUAUUGAGCAAAUACACAGCGUUUGUUCCAAUCGACCUGGACACUAAUGAGUAUUUGCAGACAUGUAUUGAGUACAUAAACCCCAGUGAAGGUCUGAAGAGGAGCUCACAUUCCAGUUCUCGUUCAGGGAGCAGGAAGAACAGAGGGUACUCUAUUGGACUGGGUCGCUCUCAAUCUGGCGGCAUGUCUGAGGAAGCUGAAGAUGUCCUGCUGCCCAACAGUGGAGAGGAUGGUGUCUCUCCAUGCAGCACCCCCACCUCCUCCAGCUGGGAGAGAUGUAGCUUCACGGAGGUCUCCCAAAGGAGUCCGUCUGUGACCUCUGACCAAUCACAGAAAUCGGUGGAGAGCCUUUUUUCUGCCAGGUUGGCCCUCAGCAGGACUCGUCUCCUGACUCGGGCUGCCAAAGGAUUCAUGUGUCGAUCUCACAGCAAGUCCGGGGAUUCAAUUGGAGAGAGUGACAACGAGAACAAAGACUACAUUCCUCUGUUGUUGUUGCAGUUGGCUAGUGGUGCAUUUCCCCUGGACACAGCUCUGUGUGAUGCCAUUAACGUGCCCAUGGACAAGCUAAAGUGGACGUCCCCCUUCAACAGCCACCGCACUAGUCUGGGUCACCUGUCUCACUCCAGCGGCCGCCGUACUGAAAGUGCCGACGACGGACGCAGAUCACCGUGUGAGCCAGAAACAUAUCAGCAACCUGCAGAGCACACUGUAAGAGUACAGAGCCCUUCUCAUCUGUCCAGGAGUGCCUGGAUGGAUGUUGGUCCUUCCUCAUUAGCCAGUCCAUCCACCGCUGCUGAGCCCCAGAUCUCCCCACACUCCCAGGUGGACAGUGGACGGGGCUCUGGGUCAGGGGGCAUGGAAACAGUAUUGCCCAGCGGUGUGCUAAAGAGGAUCCUGGAUCCAGAGAGCAUGGUGUGGGCCACGGCUGUGGCCCUCGCCUGGCUGGAGCACAGCUCUGCCAGUUAUUUCAUAGAGUGGGAAAUGGUAGCCGCCAAGGCCAGCAUGUGGUUGAGUGCGCAGGACAUCCCAGAAGGCCGAGACUUAGCCUCCGUCAAGGCUGCUGCCAACCAGCUCUUCAUCAUCCUCAGACACUGGGAUGAAAACCUGCAACUGAACAUGCUCUGUUACCACCCUAACAGUGUCUAAGGCCUGCUAAUCCAAGACUGAAAAUACAAACCACUGAAAGUACUCCAGUACUAUUCCAAAUGAUACUAUGCUAACUGAGGCUGUACUAUUCUCUGUUCAGCAGUAUGUCCUCUGGAGUCUGAUUUUGCUGUUGCAGUUGUGAACAACGUGUAUUUUCUUCUGUUUGUGUGCUGUUCCUCCAAACAUAUCACAGGCUCUUCAGAGGCACUAUGUGCAAGCUAUUACCUCGCUGGUGCCAUAUACUGUAGCUGAAUCCCUGUUAGCAGGGGAUCUAAUCAGAGUUAUGCCACAGAUUUGAGUUUCAUGGAGAAGAAUGUCAGUGUGAAAUUAGUAGCAUGCUGGAUCACUGACUGUCAACAUCUAAGAAAAGCUCUUACUGUCAUCAUAUUGAUGUUAUGGGGAUAAUGCUGCAAAACAAUUGUCAGAGAAAAUGGUUUAACUGAUUGACACACACUGUUUAUACAUCUUUACAGCAUUUUCUGAAUUGACUGUAUUGUGGAAAAAAUGUUAUAUGACAACAUCUGGGUACUUGCUAGCAGUACUGCCUGCCUGUCUUUUUUAAUGCCUGUUACCAUUGCAGUGUUGUUAAUAUUUGCCAUUUUUGCAGAUUGAUUAUAGCAGAGACAGAAAAAUAUGCAAAACGCUAAAGAAAAUAUAAAAUAUACUGUAUGUUAAGAUUUGGUUAAAAAAAGUGGCUUUGGUGGGAAUCUAUGAAUGUGUAUCCCACUAGCAUGUUAUUUACUGUUUAUUAUUUAACGAUGCAUACAGUUUAUAUUUUUUCACUUAUCUGAGUAUACAUAUAUAUAUACUGUAUAUACACAGUAUAUGUCUUAGAGUAGAGGCUUUGAUCAUGCAUUAGUUUUUUGAUUUGGAGAGAGUAACAGACCCGGAGUCGGUUGCACCAUCUGUUUGCAAGUUCAAAAUUAACCUAGUUAUAAGCUAAGUGUUCACUAUGUAAGUGGAUAUUUAUGCCUCAGUAAUUUAAAAGGGGUUGCACCAGACAAACUUGUUCUUACGUAGAGAUUAGUUGUUACUAAAUAUUUACACUCCGUAACUGCCAGGUGCAACUGACCAACUGACAACGCUAACAUCAGCUUGCUAAUAUAUUACCAGUUCAGACUGAAACAGAGGUAAUGGGAUACAGUCCAAACUUGAUUAUGCUAAUAAUAUGAGACUAAAUGGCUUAGGUUAGUGUAAUCAGAUGCCCCAAAAAAUAAUCUUUAAAAAAAAAAAAAAUGCAAUAUCCGGUGCGGCCACUAUGCCAAAAAUGCUUAAUAGCUCAGCUCUAUUGGACGGCUCUCAAGACAUUUCCUAGUAACCGAUUUACACAUUACUGAAGUCUUUAUCAGCUAAGACAUUCCUCAAGUUUUAAUGCUGCAAAUAUUAGCUUGAAACUAGCUAGUAGUUCAUUAGAACUUAUGAAGGACAAUACACACAAACUUAGUAAUGGAUUUACUCACAGCUGAUGCAACCCAGUCCUGAGGAAUAUGGGCCACGAUCAACUGUCCUGCUCUGGGAAUCAGAGAGGAAGGGCCCUGCCAGUUCUGUCAUGCUCACAGCUCAUUUACCGCAAGUGCCUAACCAAGGUUUAAAGUUGGCAGAAAAUGUAGAUCUGUUCACUCCAGUUUAAUCACUGUGGGUAAUGAUUGGUUCUUUUUCAUCAAAUAUACAGUAGCUACCCUUCUUUCUUUCUUAAAUGUUCUUGAAUCUGUGUGUGGCCUAUGUAGGCAUCUUUCAGUGUUGAUUUUCCUCUUUCUUAUUCCAUUACAGUGUUGUUUUACUCAGGUAUUUAUUCAUUUUUUUCACUCAGGCUGAGUUACAUAAAUCCUUCUGCAUGAACACAGGUGUUUAUGUUAUGAAGUUUAAUGACUGAAUUGCCACAUUGCAGCCCUUAGCGCAGAAUUUUGCUCUCUGAAAUGAGAAAUACAGUAGAUGUCAUAUAUUAAUAUUUUUUGUGCUGUAAUUGCAGUAAGUGCAGCUGUAAUUGUUUUAAGUUGUAUUUUUUCUGUACUGGGUCAGUUGUAUAGUGCAGUAUCUUUCAACUUGCUGUGUGUGCCUUUAUAAAUGAUUGUUGACUGUUUGAGGCUGUUGAAAGCUUCUGUAGUGUCUUUAUAACUGUCGAUGCUAUGAUCUGCUCUGCAGGUGCAUGUAAUAAAAUAACUCUACAAUCAAA